AUGCCUCCCCCGGUGCAAGAUCAGUCCGACGAUGAGUCAACUGGUGGCUCCAUCCCUUAUGACAACAACGAUACCAAGGACGAGAAGCCAGAGAAGGAUGAGAGCGAUGACGAGGAGGAGAACGACGACAACGACGAGAACGGCGAAAUGUACACCGUUGAAAAGAUCGUGGGCCAUGAGUAUAUCAAGACCAAACUUUUUCUCCAGGUGAAAUGGACAGGAUACGACAACCCAGAAGAUCAAACACUGGAGCCGGAAGAGAACAUGAUGGAGGACGCAAAGGAAGCUGUUCUUGAAUACUACGAAGCUCAAGGAGGCCGACCACAGAGGACUAUUAAGAAACGAAAGUCAAUGGCGGAGACCAAACCUGCACCUGACAAGACGGCAGAUCCCAAGAAACGCAGAAGGUCAAAAGCAGCCACCGAGGCCGAACCUGAAGCCGAAGCCGAGACCGCAACCCCAACCGCAGAUGAGAAGGAGGUCCCGGAUUGGGUUCCCAAAACCAAAAACUGGGAGAAUGAUGUGAAAAAUGUGGACACAAUCAUACGCGACUCAGAAUCGGGGAAUUUGCUUGCAUUUCUGCAGUGGAAGAAUGGGAAAAAGGCCAAGGUGUCGAUCGAAACUUGCUACGAGAGAUGCCCACAGAAGAUGCUCGCAUUUUAUGAGCAACACCUUGUGUUCAAGGAGGGUUGA